GCUUCAUUGUGCUCCUCUGCCUUUCUCUCUCUUUCAGAAAGCCAAAAUUAAAGAGAGUGAUAGAGAGAGAGAGAAUGACUGAAUCACUUAACAAGUGUGCUUUGGACUGCCGUAACUCUGUGACUUAUCAGACUUAAACCUAUGUUUUGAAUUCUUUCUCUCCUUCUUCUUUCCUCUUUUCUUUCUUCUUCUUUUAUUUCUUCCCACUAAAUAUGGCGUAUCCUCCAUAACUUUAAGCUUUUUUUUUUGACACUUGUUUUGUAAUUAGCUUUAAAUUCAAAAAAUUUAAAAAAAAAACAAAAAAUGGGGUGUUGUGCAUCAAGAAUUGACAGACAAGAAAUGGUAUCAAGAUGCAGAGCCAGAAAAAGAUACAUGAAACAAUUAGUUGAAGCUCGACAAUUUCUUUCUUCUUCUCAUUCUUUUUACCUUCGUUCUCUUCGUUCUACUGGUUCUUCUCUCUUUCAAUUCUCCACUAAUGAAUCUUCCCUUCUCCACCACCAUCUUAACCACCGUAAUCCUUCUUCUUCUCCUUCUCCGCCUCCUCUUCCACCCACACCACCUCCUCCUCCUUCCAUGUCACCCAGUACUGACACCUGGACAACCACUACUUCCACCACCAAUGCUUCUGCUCUUCCUCGUACCCCUCUUCCUCCUCCGCCUCCGCCUCCACUUGAGGGGUCCACAUGGGAUUUCUGGGACCCAUUUGUUCCUUCUUCGGAAUCGGACCCGCGUACUGGUAAUGGGGUCGAGGAACAAGACUGGGAAGAACCUGCUACUGUUACUACUAGUACGACUACUACUACUACAGUGACGCCGAUGAGAGCAGCGGCGAAUGUGGCGGCGCCGCCUUCUGUGGUAAGUGGGUUUUCGAAAGAGAGUGAAAUGGCGGUGGUGGUUUCGAGACAAGGGAAGGAAUUAGUUGAGAUUAUUAAGGAAUUAGAUGAGUAUUUUCUUAGAGCUGCUGAUGCUGGUACUUUUGUUUCUGGGGUUUUAGAAGUUCAUUCUUUCUCUAAUCUUUCUACUUCUAACAAUUUUAAUCAUCAUCAUCAUCAUUUCACUUCUCCAGGGAAAUUGGAUGAUCAAGGAUGGAGUAUGAGUAAGAAUUGGAGCCCAAUGUUAUGGGGUUCAAAUGGGAAGUUAAAUGGAUUUGGUUUUAGAAAAUUAGGGGAAGAUCAAAUGGUAGUUGGUAGAAUUGGAAAUAUGAAUAAUGGUGGAGUUAAUAAUGGCAUUAAUGGUAGUAGUCAUUCUUCUACCAUUGAAAGACUCUAUGCUUGGGAAAAGAAGCUUUUCCAUGAGGUCAAGAAUGCAGAGAAAAUAAAGAUAGAACAUGAGAAGAGAGUAGAACAGCUAAGGAGACUGGAGGUGAAAAGAGCAGACUAUUUUAAGACAGAGAAGACAAAGAAAGAGGUUGAAAAACUUGAGUCACAAAUAGAGGUUGCUUCUCAAGCUAUACAAUCUACAUCAAAUGAGAUCAUCAAAUUGAGGGAAACUGAGCUUUACCCUCAACUUCUUGACAUUGUUAAAGGGUUUAUGUGCAUGUGGAGGAGCAUGUAUGAGUGUCACCAAGUCCAAAUGCACAUAGUUGAUCAGCUCAAAUUCCUGAAUGCCAUACCAUCCACUGAACCCACAUCAGAGAUCCAUAGACAGGCCACAUUACAACUCGAGGUCGAGCUCCAACAAUGGCAUCAAUCCUUUUGCAACCUAGUCAAAGCUCAACGGGACUAUAUUCGUUCCCUCACCGGUUGGCUCCGUUUGAGCCUCUUCCAGUUCAAUAAAAACCCCAUAAUGAGGUCCAUACAAGAUUCCACAAUAUAUUCUCUUUGUGAACAAUGGCAGCUAGAAAUAGAUAAUGUUCCCGACAAGGUAGCAUCCGAGGGGAUCAAAAGCUUGUGGACAGCGAUCAAUGCGAUUGUGCUUCGACAAGCCGAGGAAUUAAAGCAGAAAAAGCGAUCAGAGGCAGCAAAUAAGCAGCUUGAAAAGAGGGCGGUUGAGCUAAGGUCUUUAGAGGCAAAAUUUGGGCCAUACUCGAUGCCAGACAUGUCGAGCUCAAGAAAGGGACGAGAUCCUGUAGGAGAGAAGCGAGCAAAAGUGGAGAUGUUGAAGGUGAAAGCGGAGGAGGAGAAGGCUAAGCAUGCGAAAGCAGUGAGUGUGACUAGAGCCAUGACACUAAGCAACAUGCAGAUGAGUCUUCCUCACGUUUUUCAGGCGAUGACUGGUUUCUCAAGUGUAUGUAAGCAAGCUUUCGAGAAGGUCUACAACGAGGCCAAAAACAUGGAUCAGGAGCUUGACGUUAAGAGGUUAAUGAUGGCUUAGAUGCGUUCAUGGACGAACAGGCUGGUUCCGCGUCAAGGUUUUAAUUUCUUCUCAAAUCUUUGUAUAGCUCCAUCUAAGUUCAAAAUAUGGGAGGAUAAUUAAGUGGUGUUAGAUGUUAAAAGUUUAGUUUGAGUGAAAUUUUGUAAGUGUGCUUUGGAGUAUGUUUCAUGGGCCUUUUGUAGCAAACACUACAGGCAGUAGAGAAUCUUAUUUCAUUACAGUGCAUGUGCAUUUCUCAGCUUUGCAUUUGUACAUUGUUUUAUAAAAUGAAUUGAUUAGUAGUUUCGUACCAACAAAA